ACUUUUUAGCACAUCGACAACGUUGUGUUGUUGUGUUGUUGUUCGAAAUGUUGACUGUGGAAGAAGACACAGUGGUGUACAACGAGAUAUGCAGAUGUCUCAUAAAGGCUUUUAGGGUCACGUAGAGACAGGAAAACCAGCGAAAACAGACGAAAACCUUUGGAUUUCCACAGCUAGAGCGCCUGCGCGAUUACAACAAAUGUUUAAUUGGUGGCAAAACGACUAAACAUUUGCUAAACAACACGAAACAACGCUAAAAAUCUUUGACCAGGAUCAAACUUUGCUCAACAACACUCAACACGACUAAACAACACUAAACUGGGUGGCAAAACGACUAAAAUUUUCACUAAACUUUUAACUAAACAAGAGUUGAGUGAAAUGUUUAGUCGUUUUGCCAGGGCUUAAGCGAAGUUUGAGCAUCCCAUAGAGUGACUGUCUCCAUUCUUUCUGCUACUUUCAAGAAACAUUACUAGUGUUAGACGGAAAAUUACACUCAUCCAUUUCUAAAAACCUAUUUCAGCAUUGACAUAAGGUGAACUUGUUUUGUUCUGUAUUUGUAUAAACUGUUGAAACGAUAUCUUGAUGCUUUUGGUUGGAUUCUCCGCUUGCACUAUCACCAUGUAAGUGUGAUGUUAUCCGCUAGAAGUUCAUGUUUUCUAUUCAGCAAAUAUUUCAAAGUACAGUUAAUCAUGUGCAAUAAAAAUUCAGGAGAGGAAAAUUUUUCGACAAGAAUCAGUUUAAAAUCAAGUUCUAAACUGGUGAUGAAUUUUUGAAAUUAAUUUCCCAAACCGUGGUUAGAAGCUCAAACUAAAUCUGAUGUCAGCCUUUUGAAGCACUAUAUCAGCACAAAAUCUUAAGAUCUUUGUUUAUGCAGAGGGUUCAAUGCACCUUGGCUGCAUAAAACAUGCAAUAUUUACGGUACAAAUUUUGAAUUCUCGUUUAAUAUACGUUUCUCGGCGAAACGAACUCUUUAAAUCAAUGUUGGUCAGAACUAAUCAAAUAUCAAACGUGGGCAUUGAACAUUUUAGCGUAAAGCUCAAUUCGUUUGAUGCAUUAGAAACAGUAAAACACAUCUUAGAAGCCUAUUUGUAUAUACGUUUGAUAAAAGACAGUCGCAAACUUUGGAAUGCGUUGUCUUAAACCUUGGAAAAGCAGUUUUUAGUUUGCAGAAACAAUUAAGUAAAAUGGGUACUUCCCUAGUGCGUGUAAUGGAAGUAGUAUUGGUUUGUUUUUCAUGGUAUAUUCAACGUGUUUCUUGCUUUGAAUUCAGAACGUCUGGGCAAAUACAAGGGCGAGAAGAAGCAAUUCGUAUUUAUAAACAGAUAAAGAGAAAGGCCAAUGGUUCUUACACAAGUGAUUCAGCAACAGCAGUUCAACGAUCUACCUCAAAGACUAGCCUGACAUUGUUGGAUAUGAAUUUUUCAAGUGCAAUGAUUUCGACAACCGCUUUCAUCAUCAUGGUCGCCUUUUGCCAAGGAACAGUACUUGAUAAGACAUCAACAAAUUUUAGUUGCUCUUUGAAUUCAACCACGAAUAAUAAAAAACCGGAUACAGAAAAGAUAAUAACAAGCACUCUUGCGGUGGUGCUAGCAUCAGAUAUGAUGCAUUAUGUUAAAGAAAGUGAGAGGAGAGAGAAGGCAAUCACAAACUGCCAAAAUCUCAAUGGUUCGUUCAUCGAGAGCACGCAGGAUUGUGUACGAUAUGAGGAAUUGACAAACAAGUCACAGGGUUGCCAUAAAGUAACUUAUAUUGAUAAAAAUUUGUUCAUUCUUGAUAUCGAUAAAAGGCAACAUGUUGAAUACACGAUGCACCUUACAGGCAACGCAUUAAGUAUCAUAUCCCUGGUACUGUUACUUAUAACAUACCUAAUAAACACUGAAUUGCACACAUCAUACGGACGAAGCGUCGUAUUGCUGUCUCUUAACACUCUUCUUUUACAGAUAUUUCAAAUACUUUCUCUAGAAUUGAAAGAGAAGGAUAAAUUCUGUUUUGCGCUCGCUGUAAUGCAACAUUGGUCUUAUUUGGUUGUGUUUACGUGGAUGGCUUCGAUCGCAUUCGAUAUAUCGGCCACAUUCUCGCGUAUUCGACAACCAUCUGCGGCGAUCCAGAUGCGUCGAUUCAAACUCUACACGAUGCUGAGUGAAAUAUCUCCGACUGUUGUCGUAGCUGCCUGCUUAGCCUUAGACGCCUGCAGUGGAAAGAGCUUCAUAGGGUACGGAAAGAAUAAUAUUUGCUUCAUCACAAACUUCCUGGCAAAUAUUCUGGCUUUCUCACUUCCAGUGGCAGGCAUUAUCAUAUUCAACAUAAUUUGCCUUUUUGUGACACUUAUUUUCAUUGCUAGAGCUCGUCGGAAUUCUAGGUCAAUCUUAGGACCAAAGCGCACUCGAAGCCAGGAGGCGAUGACCUUUGUCAUAAUGACACUAAAACUCUCCUUUUUCUUUGGAUUCGGCUGGAUAUUCGGUCCUAUUGGCCGGAUUACCCGCAGCGUCAAUGUGUUAUACGUGUACAUAUUCUUUAGCUCCUUCCAGGGGGUAUUCAUUUUCAUCGCAUUCUGUAUCAAUACAAAAGUUAUUCAAUUCUAUAAAUCGAAACUUGCCAAGAUUGCACCAAAGCCUCGACGCUUGCAAGAUACUGGUCAAUCGCAGGACACACAUUUGUAG